AUGCUCGUCCAACUCGGUCAGGCUCUUCGCUGGGACGCUCUGUCACCGCUGGAGAUUGCUGCGCGCAUUCUCUUGGUGCUGACGUCGGUAUGCCUCGUUUAUGUGUUUUACAUGCUGAAGUGCUCUACACUUUCGCACAUCAAGGGACCUUUCCCAGCUUCUAUCAGUAGACUAUGGCUCGUCUAUCAUGCCCUACGGGCCGACAUGCACACCUACCAGCCCUUCUUACAUCGGAAAUAUGGCAAAUUCGUCAGGAUUGCUCCCGACGAAGUCUCGAUCUCCGAUCCGCAAGCCAUCAAAGAGAUCUAUGGUGUUAAUUCAGGAUUCACGAAGACCGAGUUCUACGAUCCGUUUGGCCCACGACCGACUGAGCUCAUCCACUUACCACUACGGAAAGCACCGAUGGGAGAGUUGUUCUCGCUCAAGGAUGAAAAGCGACAUGCUCUCCGGCGCAGACUUGUCAGCCACAUCUACUCUAUGACAAACAUCGUCAAGUCCGAGGGCUACAUGAACCUAUGCGUCGAAGAAUUCAUGAAAGCUUUGAAUGAUAGCGCCCAGGAACAGUCUGUCAUUGACUUUGGCGAGUGUUUGCAAAGAUUCGCCUUUGACGUUAUAGGUGAGCUGUUCUACGGGUCAAUGUUUGGCUUCUUAAAAGAAAGGCGUGACGUUGGAGGCUACAUGGCAACCCUGGAUGGUCUCAUCCCAUUUUUCACAGUGCUUGGGGUUAUGCCUAUACUACAGAAGGUCCAGCCGCUGAUGGUUUGGCUCUGGCCGGGUUACCGUGCCCAUUCCAAAAAGAUGGUCACGUUCAACGAAAUGGCAGCCAAGUGUGUUCACGAUCGUCAACAGAAUCCGUCAGGCCGAGAUGACAUCCUGAACCAUCUCUUUGCACUAAACGCCGAAAGACCUGACUUCACCAUCGAAGAAAUAUUUAAUGAUUCUUUUGAUGCCUUGGGUGCUGGAAGUGACACUACUGCCGUCGCAAUGCGCUCAGCUUUCUACCACGUCAUGAAAGAUGAAGCUAUCUAUGCCCGAUUACAAGCAGAGAUAGAUGAAGCUGAUAAACAAGGUCGCCUGUCAAACCCAGUUACCUUCAACGAAGCCAUGCAAAUGCCAUACCUUGUUGCGGUAUGCAAGGAGGCAAUGCGAGUCUUUCCCAGUGUGGGCAUGACUCUCCCAAGACAUGUCCCGGCCAGUGGACGUCUCAUUUGUGGUCAAUUCUUCCCCGAGGGUGUCAAAGUUGGCGUCAAUGCAUUUGUGGUCCACAGAGACCAAGGCGUCUUCGGAUAUGAUGCAGAAAGUUUUAACCCAGACCGUUGGUUCAGACCAGAGGCAAAGGACAUGGACCGCUACAUGUUUCAGGCAAGUUGA